AGUGCCAUUUCUGAUGUAGAAGCUCAGGAACAUUAUGACAGAUUCUUUGAGGAUGUUUUUCUGGAGCUUGAAGAGAAGUAUGGAGAAAUCGAGGAAAUGAAUGUGUGUGACAACCUUGGAGAUCACCUUGUUGGCAAUGUGUAUGUCAAGUUCCGCUAUGAAGAAGAUGCUGAGAAAGCUGUUAAAGACCUGGACAACCGCUGGUACAAUGGGCAACCAAUCUAUGCAGAGCUAUCACCGGUGACUGAUUUCAGGGAAGCGUGUUGCCGACAGUAUGAAAUGGGAGAGUGUUCUCGCGGUGGGUUUUGUAACUUCAUGCACAUGCGGCCAAUUUCAAGAGAAUUGCGACGAGAGCUGUAUGGACGUAACCGACGCAAGAGAAGAGGUGCUGGUGCUGGUGCAGCCGGCGCUAAAGAAACAUCACCACGGUCUCGCUCAGUUUCUCCUCCGUACACCCGCCGUUCACGAUCCAGGUCUCCACCACCGCCUCCCCGCCGUCGUUCCCGUUCCCCUCCCCGCCGAGAUAGAUCGCGCUCACCACCACGACGAGACAGAUCCCCACGUGACCGAGACAGACGAGGUCGUCACUAAGAGGGGAUCCUCUGUAUCGCUAUUAUUGCUCUGUACUGUAUAAGAUAUUGUAACUCUACUUUCAGUUCUGAGAUCAGUUUAUUUGCGUUGUUUGAAGAACCGACUUGGAAAACUUCCGACAACCUCUAACGUCCUGAAAACUUCGGGUUUUCUUGUCAGACUUAGUGGUAAGAAGUGACUACCGUUCAAGACAUUCUUGCAGUCUCACGCGAAGAGUUCCCGACCCGUUAUGCCCAAUAGGAACAAACCUGAGCUGUUCUUUUCUCUCAUGUAUGUUAGGCCUGGUUCAAACGUCGAACUUUACAUGUGCCGAACCUAAUACCAAUUUGGGUCGACC